AUGUCUGAGGAAAAUUCUCGUAAACCCGCUUAUUUUGUCUUUGACAAAAAUUUAUGGAAGCUUACCAAACCAAAAUAUGUACUUCAGUUUUAUUUUUGCAAAGAAUGUAGGGAAAAACUAUUCCAUUCGGAAGAUAAAUUAGUGAGAUAUGAGAAUGGGGUCACUGUAAAGUUUGAUUUAUGUGAGGAUUGUGUUACAAAGAAUUGUCGAGUGACCGACAUGUGUGUAUAAAAGGACAGAAUUUUUACCAAAAUAUUCAUUCUUCAAAAAUGGUUCUUGUUAUCGAGGAAAUUGCACGCUUUCUAGACUGUUCCGUCCGAAGCCUAGCCGGACAUUUAGAUAAUCCUCAAACAAGAGUUUGU